AUAACCUCCCCUCGUCAUCCUCACCGUCUUCCUCAGCACCUCUCCGGGGAAACACCACAACCCAGCCGUACGAAAUCCAUAACCGACCUCAAAACUCAGCGAUCUAUCCUUUUCUUCCACACCGACCGAGCGCCUCAGACAUGAGCUUCCCCGAGAAGCCGCUCCCCCGCGGCCAGCCGCAGUCACCGAGACAGCCCGGUGUGCGGCUGAGGAUCGAGAAGGUCAGGGACAAGGCCCUGCAGACCCAGCUCAUUUAUGCCAACGUCGCUGGUGUCAGCUACCGAGACUUCGCCCCGAGCCGCGACGGCCAGGACAUCAACGUCCUGAUCCGAGCCAGAGACCCCGUCCGAGGAACAGUACGAGAGAACGUUAUCAGAGCGCGGCCAACACCCGAACUCCCCGAGGGUACCAUCAGUCUGUCUGAUCCGCAAAGAUCAUGGCUGAAGAUCGGAAUGACGGACACCUUCGAGGGUGAGGUGUACGACGCGAACAGACAAGGGGCUACUCACCUCGAGGCCAUGGACCUGGAAUUGUCCUGGGCCUCGAUGAAGAGAGACCCCAACUACGAGUUUAAGCACGAAUAUUUGGCCAAGGUCUUUGAGCGUUUCUUCCAGAUGCACUUCUUCGCCCCCGGUCAGCGCACUCUGCUCGACAUUGAAGGUCUGAAGAUCUUCGCUACCGUUAAGACUAUCACUUUUGCGGGCGGCAAGGGUCCCGAUGCCGUUGUCACAUCAUCGGAUCCCUCCGCUCGCGGAUUCUUCAGCACCAAUACACUACUGUCCUUCUUCAAGGGCGCCGAGUCGGAUAUGAAGCUUCAAGUUGGUGAGCACCAGGGUAACGCCAACCCCAUUAUCUCGCCAGACUUUAAGUUUGAGGAUAUGGGUAUUGGUGGUCUCCAGGACGAAUUCGCCACCAUUUUCCGCAGAGCCUUCGCUUCCCGUGUCUUCCCUCCCCAGCUGGUAGCGAAGCUGGGUAUUCAGCACGUCAAGGGCAUCCUGCUCUUCGGUCCCCCAGGAACCGGAAAGACGCUUAUCGCUAGACAAAUCGGAAAGAUGCUCAACGCUCGUGAGCCCAAGAUUAUCAACGGUCCUGAGGUGCUGAACAAGUUUGUCGGUCAAUCCGAAGAGAACAUUCGAAAGAUGUUUGCGGAUGCUGAGAAGGAGUACAAGGAGAAGGGUGACCAGAGUGGUCUUCACAUCAUCAUUUUCGAUGAGCUGGAUGCCGUCUGCAAGCAAAGAGGCUCCGGUGCCGGAGGCGGUACUGGCGUCGGUGACAGUGUUGUCAACCAGCUUCUCACCAAGCUCGACGGUGUUGACCAGCUCAACAACAUCCUCCUCAUCGGUAUGACCAACCGAAAGGACAUGAUCGACGAGGCGCUUUUGCGUCCCGGUCGUUUGGAGGUUCAGUUGGAGAUUAGCUUGCCCAACGAAGACGGACGCAAGGAAAUCUUCAUGAUCCACACUGCCAAGAUGCGGGACAACAACAUUAUGGAUUCCAAGGUCGACCUCGCCUCACUGGCAGCUCGCACCAAGAACUACUCUGGUGCCGAGAUCUCCGGUGUCGUCAAGGCUGCAACUUCAUUCGCCUUCAACCGUCACACCGAGGUCGGCAACAGCGCCAAGAUGAAGAAUGAUGUAUCCGCGAUGAAGAUCACCAUGGAUGAUUUCGACAACGCACUGACAGAAGUCAAGCCUGCGUAUGGUGUUUCUGAAGACGAGCUGGCAAAUGCCCUUGGCAUGGGAAUUCUCCAGUUCAACAACAACAUUCCCGCCAUCAUCCGCACGAUGCAGGGCUAUAUCGACACAGUCAAGGAAUCAGACGUCCUCAACAGGAUACCGGUCCUUCUGCACGGCCCGCCAGAGUCAGGCAAGACUGCUCUGGCUGCCCACACUGCCUCCCUUUCAGACUUCCCCUUUGUUAAGCUCAUUUCGCCUCAGCACUUGACUGCUUUCCGAGAUGAGUUUGGAAAGAAGGACCACCUCACCAAGGUCUUCACGGACGCCUACAAGUCAGAGCGCAGCAUUGUGAUUCUGGAUAACUUUGAGCAACUGAUUGAGUGGAACCCCAUCGGGCCACGCUUUUCCAACACGGUGCUCGACAGACUUAUUUCCCUCAUCCAGACCCAACCGCCAAAGGGCCGUCGUAUUCUCAUCAUGGUCACCACCUCAGAACGCUUCGUGCUCAGCAACUUGGGUGUUCUCAAGCAUUUCCGCAGACAGAUUCCGGUGCCCGCCAUCUCCGAUGUACGCGAACUCGCUCAAGUCCUGGACCAGUCAGGAAUGUUUGGCGGCAAUGACAUCCAGACCGUCAUCCAAUCAGUGCGCAAUGACACCCAGUCGGAUAAGAUUGGUCUUGGCAUCAAGACGAUUCUUGAGUCGAUUGAAGAGUCAAAGAUUGAGGCGUCUUCACAAGGCACCGACAUGUUGGAGAGUUUGGCAAACAGGGUUGUGACGGCUAUUUCCUCCAAUGCCCUAGAGGAGUAAAGAAGGGAAUAAGAGGUUGUCUCACAAGUUAUAGAAUAGACUCCAAAUGAAAGAAGUCGAGUUUCUCCAAG